UAAGUCGGAAAGUAAACACAAACAUUUAAUAGAACUGGAAAGACAAAACCGUAUCCAACUUCCACACGCUUAUUAUCUGCCAGCUCUUCUUCGAUGUUAUUCAAAUUCCGUAAGAGAACGACAUGGAGAACGACAUUGAUGUGCAACUUGAUGAAAGGUCUUCAUCUACAAGAACCACUGCCUCCGGGCAGAUCACUAUAAGAAGGGAUGCAGUCAUGGAUGAUUUGACGGCCGCUUUCUCUGAUCCAACAGUUACGAAUUGCAGACUGUCUUUCUGCAUGUUUCAGCCACAUGGCGAAGUGGAGUAUGAGCAAGGGGUUAACCUUGACUUCAAGGAUGUCCUUGACCUCUUCUGGCCGGAGUUUAUAAGCACCAUGACAAGAGGCAAUGGACUUAAGAUACCGAUCCUGCGAGGAGACUUUGAUAGAUCGAGAUGGGAAGGUGUGGGGAGGAUCAUCUGCAAAGGCUGGAAGGAUCUCAACUACUUUCCAAAGAUGUUAGCACCAGCUUUCAUGGAGACUGCCGUUUACGGCAAAACUACGGUUGACACCAAAGAAGCGUUUCUACAGUGGAUCCCUGAAGCAGAACGGGAAGUCCUUGAGGCAGCGCUGCAUGAGUUCCCAACCGACACGGCCGAACUUGAUGAUAUUUUUCGGAGAUAUCGGUGCCGUACUCCACCAACUGAACAAAACCUACCUCGUCUGCUCACUGCAUUUGGUCAUGUGGAGUUUGUACAGAGAUCCUACUAUGCGGCAAUGACCAUGAAGCCUGUUCUGAAAUCAGUCUUUGGGCAAUUCUCCCGUGAAGAGUUCUUGGCGUUGUACGACAAUCCAAGAGAAUGAGGCCGAAGAAAAAAAGGGUCGCGACUUACCGUGUUGAUUGUUGUUUCUUUAGUUCAUCUUGCCAUUAAAAAUACAUUCAUGUUUUGUAUUUAAGUAUGAUUUAUAUUUAUGUUACCGAUUAAAAAUGCAAAUUUAAAGAAGGAAGAAGAAUAUGGGUAAAAACAAUAUUCUGAAAAACAUAUGUGGGCAUCAUUUUGCACCUUUGAAAGCAGAGCCAGUCCUUAACAUCAAGCCAAAAGGAGGGAAUGUAAGCCAUUGACUUUUUGUUGAUCAUUUACUUCUAAAUGGUGAUGAAUUAAAAUUGCAAAAUACUGAUAGAACAAGAGAUUAUUAGGUGUGCCUCUAAUAAAGAGACAAGAGGACUAUUGUCAAAUAAUAAA